AUGCCCACCGAGUUAGAAGAAUUAGUAUCAUUUUUACAUGCACCCCAACCAGCGGUAAUUCAAAUUGCUUUGGAUAAUUUAGUUGGUUAUUCACAAGGUGCUCAUCAACAAGUUUUCAGUUACGAUAACUAUGAAGCUAUUAAGGAUUUAAAGAAAUUAGCAAGAGAUGAAGGUAAGACCACUGUCGGACAGUCUGUAACCAUAUUAGCUAAUUUAUGCGAUGAUUUAACUAUGAGAAAUUUAAUUGUGGAGGAUGAAGAAUUCUUGAAAUUUUUGGUUUCUGCUGUGAUUAACUCUAAGAACUUAAACGCAGACUUAAUGUGUAUUUUAUUGACAAACUUAGCUAAAAAUGACAAUAUUACUAAAGUAUUUGAUUUCAAUAUUACCCACAAUGAUGAACAAAAGAAAAUCUUUAAAUCUUCGAAAGCUAUGGAUUGCUUAAUGGAUUGUUUUGUGAAGGGUUUUGAUAGAUCCUUGAAUAAAUACGCAGACUAUGAUUAUUUAGCCUACUUUUUUGCUGAUAUUUCUAGAUUUUUACAAGGUAGAGAAUAUUUUAUCACAGAGCAAGCCUAUGACGAAGUUGUACCAAUAUCUAAGUUGUUAGUAUUCACUGAAAAGUACGAUUCUAAGAUUAGAAGGGAAGGUGUUGCAUCAACUAUUAAGAAUUCAUUAUUUGACUCAAGACCACACAUGAAUCUAUUGACAGAUGAUAAAAUAAAUAUUUUGCCAUAUAUAUUAUUGCCAAUUGCUGGUCCUGAAGAACUUGAUGAAGAUGAUAUGUUCAACUUACCUGAUGAAUUACAAUUAUUACCAUCUGAUAAAAAGAGGGAUCCAGUAAAGGCAAUUAUCUGCACUCAUUUAGAAUCAUUAUUAUUAUUAUGUACAACUAGGGAAGUAAGAGAGUAUCUUAGAGAAAAAUCGGUUUAUCCAUUAGUCAGGGAAUUGCAUAAAGUUAUGCAGGAAGAAGAGGAUGUAGUUGAAUUGUGUGAUAGAUUGGUUCAAAUGUUGAUGAGAGACGAGGCCAAGGAAGAAAACCAAGAAGAGGAAGAAGAAAGUGAUGAUGAAGACGAUAAAGUUGUUGAGAUUUUAUAG